AUGGAGCAUGCAAUCGAUGAGGAGAGGGGUUCGACCGAUCCCUCCGCCGUCCAGCUGGCUUCCGGCGCGGAAUCGGUGCCAACCCCGAUCAACCACAAGAACAGCAGCCAACGCCUCGAUACAUUGAUCGCGGAGUCUUUUUCCAGCGGUGUCAGCGUGUCCAACAUUACCAUUCCUCCUCUUCCUCCUCCUCCUUCUCAAUCGGCUGUCGAGCUGCGGACAAAGCCCGAACGACCCGUGUCUGGUGUCGUGCCUCCCUACUGGCGACAUCAGCGAAAUUUCUCGCGCGCAUCCCUGGCCUCUGCAGACACCGCGCGAAGCUCGAAGCCUGCCAUCACUCUCGAAGACCAUACCACGGACCCGGAUUCGGCGACAACGCGCGGGCUAUGGGCGAAAAGUGUCACGAUUGACGAGCAUGUCGUUGUGUCUGGUCGGACCGGGGUGGGUGCGUAUGUUGUCUGGCUGUGCAAUGUGCAGACAUUAGACGGUGGCCCGAUGAUGAUCCGCAUGCGAUAUUCUCAAUUCGACGAGCUGCGCGAAAUUCUGGUCCAAGCCUUCCCCCAUGCAAGACACGCCCUGCCCCCCUUGCCUCCGAAAAGCGCACUAUUCAAGUUCCGUCCCAAGUUUCUCGAAACCAGACGUAUCGGACUACAAUACUUUCUCAAUUGUGUGCUGCUCAAUCCUGAGUUUUCGGGGUCGCCGGUGCUGAAAGAUUUUUUGUUUUCGCACAUCAACUGA